AUGAAUUCUCCUGAAAGAGCAUGCCACCUGGCGAAACUAUCAUUUGACGAAGCUAUAUCAGAGCUUGACUCCUUGAUGAUAAUCGAUGCUUCAGUGAGUGCCACAACAGAUGGACUUGGAUCUUUAUACAUUAUAGAGGAGCUUCACUCAGAUUGCAACAUGUCUUGGACUUAUAGCUUAUUUCUUCAUUGGAAUCCAUGCAAAAGAUGUGCCUCGUUGAUGUGGAUGAAUUUGUGGAAAAUAUUGAAGACGUGAAAAUGAUAAAAGGAAGAAAAUAUGAAAAUCUUGACACGAAGACAUGAAAAUGCUAUGAAAUUUUGUAGCAUUUUUUUUUGUUUUUUUUCAUUUUAUUUUGUAUCGAAUAAAAUACUUGUACUACUAUGUUUAUAGAUUAGUAAUAAAAAUGCGUUUUUUUAUGAUUUA